UCGGGGUGGUUUCGCCCUCAGAUAGCCACGGGGCUGCCUCCGCCCCCUAGUCCAAGCCCCAGUGGUACAAGCCAAGCGGCCGGCGAGCUCCUUGACGUACGCAUGCGCGGCUUGUAGUGGGCCCAGAGAUUGGGACUUGAAGGUGGGUGGGGGAAGAGAGGGAGAGUCUUGGCUACUAGCGAUGACGUGUUCUUAAGGCGCCGAGUCCUGAAGUACUGGCCUCCCUUUGAGAUCCUUUGAGAUCCUGGAAGGUUCCUGACAGGCCACUCAGGCCAACACCCUGCGGUGCUCUUUGGUGUGAGGAUACCCAGAUCUGUUUUCCUAAAGGGACCAGAAACCAUGUCAUGGAUCAGGGAAGGAGAGCUUACACUCUUAGAGCGAUUUUGUGCCAACAUCAUUAAGGCAGGCCCGAUGCCCAAACACAUUGCAUUCAUCAUGGAUGGGAACCGACGCUACGCCCAGAAGUGCCAGGUGGAACGACAGGAGGGCCAUUCGCAGGGCUUCGAUAAAUUGGCUGAGACCCUGCGCUGGUGUUUGAACCUGGGCAUCCGAGAGGUGACUGUCUAUGCCUUCAGCAUUGAGAACUUCAAACGCUCAAAGAAUGAGGUGGAUGGGCUAAUGGAGCUGGCCAGGCAGAAAUUUACUCGCUUGAUGGAAGAACAGGAGAAGCUGGAGAAGCAUGGGGUGUGUAUCCGAGUCCUCGGUGAUCUUCAGCUAUUGCCACUUGACCUCCAGGAGCUGAUUGCAAAAGCUGUGCAGGCCACCCACAACUACAGCAAGUGCUUCCUGAAUGUCUGCUUUGCCUAUACAUCAAGACAUGAAAUCAGCAAUGCUGUGAAAGAAAUGGCAUGGGGAGUGGAGCAAGGUUUACUGGAUCCCAGUGAUGUGUCAGAAUCUCUGCUUGAUAAGUGUCUUUACACCAACAACUCCCCCAAUCCGGAUAUUUUGAUACGGACUUCUGGGGAAGUGAGACUGAGUGACUUCUUGCUCUGGCAGACUUCUCAUUCUUGCCUGGUGUUCCAACCCAUUCUCUGGCCAGAAUAUUCCUUCUGGAACCUCUGUGAAGCCAUCUUGCAAUUCCAGGUGAAUCACAGCAUGUUACAGAAGGCCAGAGACUCAUAUAUGGAGGAACGGAAGAGGCAGCAGCUGGAGAGUGACCAGACCGCAGUGACAGAGCAGCUGCUCCGAGAGGGCUGUGGGCCUAGCAGGGACAGCCAGCUUCGGCGCAUUCUCUUGCACAAACGCUCAUCAGGAAGAGAGGAACGAGUUCAGGGCUUCUUGCAGGCCCUGGAGCGCAAACGUGAAGAGUGGCUGGCACGUCUGGGCACGGCGUCAUCAUGAGAGGGCAAGGUGGCCCAUUGGUGUUCCUGCUCCACCAUUCCAGAGGAGAGUCAACUUGGGUUUUAAUAAGAUUUGCUGAAACCCUGGGAACAGGUGGGAUGGGGAUUGGGUCUUUCUGCUGAGCUAGCUUCUUAAUCAACCUUUGUCCGACCCCCACAGAGGGGUUGGUUAGGGAUAACAGGUUGUGGGUUGGUGUCUUCUUUGUGGCACCUGGUAGCUCUUAGUACCCAUGGGCAACUUGGUAAGUAGCAGAUCUUGAGGUCAACCUGUUCUUCAGAGCUGUCACUUCCAGAGCUUUUGGUGACCAGGUUUCCUUAUCUUACAACAAACAUCGUCUCACCCUCAAGGUGGGACUUUUUAAUCUAAGAUUGUUUGGGUGUAGAGCGCUUUCUGCUCCAGAAAGCACUAUUAACUACUUUCUUGACCAGCCUCCCACUCCUCUACCUGCCUCCGUUUUCCUCACAACAGGUUUUAUUUCCCUUUGGACUUCAUAGCAGAAAGCCGUUUGGGGGUGGGGGUAAGAGAGGAUGGAAAGCUGACCAUCUGCUUCUCCCAUGAGCAUUUCCACCUGGGAUCUGCUAUUGAAUCUUCCCCCACCCUUGGCUUGUCAGGUAGCCCUGAUUGCUCUGCUGAAAACCUGGGCUCCCCCAAUGAUGGAGUCAGGCCUGUGAAGACAAUCCAAUUACCUAUUGUUGACUCAGCCCACAUAUGCUUUUCUCAGGCAGGGUCAUGGGGUCAGGCUCUCAUCCCUGCCAGAGCUGGGCCUCUUAACUUGGCUAACUAGGAAGAACCAGUAUGUCCAUUUGGCCGGGACUCUUCGGACACAUCAAGGCCAGAAGGCAAGAUGAACUAUUCCCAAACAGCUCUGAUUCCCAGCCCAUCUCCUGCAGCCCUAGCUGUGACAGUCUUGGCUCCACUGAGAAACAAAGCUAGUGUCUGAGCCAUCUUGGAAAAGGCCCAUGUGGUAGCAGCUCCUCCGCUUUUGACCUUAGUAGGGUGGACCUCACAGUAUGAAGGAGAGAGAAGGUUAAAGGCAGUGUCCCCCCUUUCCCUAACCAAGACGCAAAGCUGCUCAGAGGAUUACCAGCUUGGCCCCUUUAGGGCUUUGAAAGAGCUGUCUUGCUUGAGCUCCUCUCCUUCAGGUACUUGGGAUAGCAGCAAAAGCUGUAAGGCUAUAAUCCCAUCCUGAUGCCAGCCCCUCCUGUCCCUUUGAGAUCUCCAGACAUUUCCCCACAGGCCUGUCAAAGGGUGGCUUUUUUUCCAGUAACUUGGCCCCCAGUUAUCUUUACUGUAAUCUCCACUUUUGGAAUCGGGCAUGUCACCCCAGAAAUAUUAAGGCUAUUAGACAAUACCUUCCCCUUGGAAUAAUCUUAUCUCCCUCCCUGGUACUGGCACAGGGUUCUCAGAGAGCAGGUGCUGUAUAGUUCCUAGCUUUUAAAUGGGGCUGUUGACAGUUUUAAUUAGGAAGCCAUGAAUUAUAAUGCUAUAAUGUGAAGCCCUACAAUUAAGAGGGAACAAGGGGCUGGAGGCAAUGAACAGAAUUGGCCUCUAUUUGAGUUUGACUGAUGGAUGUUGUGGUUCUGUUUCUCUACCUGACUAGAUUGGUCAAGAUUGACUUGGGUUACAAGGGAGGAUGGCCCAGAUGAUUAAUGGAGUUGGUAUCCCUAAUUGGCCUGCAGUCUUGGGUUCUGGGAAAGGUGUGUGGGGUGGGGUAGGGAGGAGUUACACCCCAGGGCCCUGGGAUGUAGCAAUGAGCUUGGAGGAAGAGAGACCACAGUUCUUAGGCAGCAGCCACACAACACAGGAGGUUUGAAUUUGUACUGUUGUGGCUACACCUUAGUUGCAAGGACCUGCGGAUCUUCAUUUUCACCCCUUUACCAAACUAUACCCUCAGGAAUCAGGUAGUAUCUAAUUGGAAUGGCUCACCCUUUCUUCCCUUAAUUCAGCCUCACUCAUUACCACCCCCAUUUAUUAAUAUGUAGCUGCCUGAGCUUCAAAUACAUUAAAAAGGAAUAUUUGUAUCACCUGUAGAAGUUGUUUGCUACCAGUGCAAUGGAGGGCCUUGCUUUAGAGGGACAAUAGCUACCUCUCCAGAUUCCCAGAGUCCCUUGUGUGGAGUGUUGGUGGGAGCGAGGGAAAACGCCCUUUUCUCUUUCCCCAUUACAGCCCGUUUCCCUGUUUACUCUUUAGUCCCAUGGGUCCCCUGCAACUCUUCUUUGUGCAGUUUUUAGGAGAGGUUUUUAAAAAAACGGGUUUGGGGGAUACUAGGAGAGAGGCUACCAAUCGUUUUUGCUAUACUUGCGUAUGCUAGCUUUAUUGGGACAGCCUGGGGUACUUUAGCACGGAGUGUAGUAGCUUUCUUUUCUUCAGCCCCGUACUCCGCAGGGCGGGGGUGACUUAGAGGGGCCACGGAGGGGUGGGGGGCUGCUAGUGGGGCUGACACUGGGCGUGAAGGAAGGUGCUGAAAGGACAGCUCCCACCUGGCCUACUUGCUGUGUCCCUCGUCACCGGAAUAGCCCUGUUCCGCCCAGCCCGAAACCCCUCUCUGCUAGGGAAAAAAACGAGCCUCCAGGUAAGUUGUCUGGGAGACGUCCGUGGAACCGCGGCUCCGAGAGCUGCACGUCCGGCUGCACCAAGCCGUAUCCCCCACUUCGUUCUCUGCCUCGUUGCUUGUGUGCACGCGAAGCAGCGGGAGCAGCGCAAGCUGGCGGCUUGGGCGCUGCCAAGCUGCGCGCAACAAACCGCUGCUUUCGGUGGAGGCUCACAACCCCCACUCCUGGGGCCCCCUGGCUGGGGGCGGGGGAGGGGGGAGGGAAUCCAGAAUGUACCCUGGGUAUUGCUAGAGAACGAAGUGGUUUGGUUGUAUGAGGUGGAAGGAACUUGGGAGUUUGCAAAACCAAGCCUUAGGCAGGAGUCCAAGCCCACCCCUCUAGUGCCUCGUAUUUAGCGCGCGCCUCCGUAGCCUGCCUGAUGCCCCCCGCCCCCACCGCGCAUAGUCGUCUCGCGCUCCCCACUCCAAUCUCGCCCCAUCCCCUCAGAGGAGGUGAGUUUAAACCCCGCCCACGUGACCCCAACUGGGCCAAUGAACGGCGGCGGGAGGUGAAAUCCGGUUCUAACCGGUCCGGGGCUCCCAGCGCUAUAAAAACUUUAUAAACCCCCCGGAGCCCAAGCAGUGUGAGGAAGAGGAGACGGGAGCGACCCCCGGACCGGCCGCUGCCGCCACUGCAACCUGCACCCAGACUCCGCUGCUGCCGCCGCUCCCACCCCUCCGCCGUCACCACCAUGCCCAAGAGAAAGCCACAGAGGAGAUCAGCACGGUUAUCUGCUAAACCUGCCCCUCCAAAGCCAGAACCCAAACCCAAAAAGGCACCUGCAAAGAAGGGAGAGAAGUUACCCAAAGGGAAAAAGGGAAAGGCUGACGCCGGUAAGGAUGGGAACAACCCUGCAGAAAAUGGAGAUGCCAAAACAGACCAGCAGGAAUUCACUGAACUGACGUUUUAAGUUGCAAUAAGAAAUUUGCUCCUUCACUGCCAUGUGUUGCCAGUUGUCCCAAAGACUGCUGAGAAUAUUGCAUGCACUUCGUAAAUUUUUGCCCUCCACACCAGAAGCACCACUCAUAAAAUGGUAAAAUGUUAAGAGCCAGAAAGGACAUCAAAUGACAUCUAGUCUAACAGCAUUUUACAGAUGAGGAGACUGAAGCCCCAAGAAGGAAAAUGCAGUCUGUGGGACCUUGGGUUUCCUUUUCUGGGCCUCAGUUUUGCUCAUCUCUAAAAUGAAGGGAAUAGACUAGAUCUUGAAGGUCCCUGAUAGCUCUAAAUCUAGGAUUAUGACUUGUGCAGUCAUAUAGUAACCCCUAAUUGAAUUUUAAAUGAACAACAAGUCAGACUCUUUAAAAUAUCUAACACUUGCUUCUUAACUGAAAAUUGAAAACCUGGUCCCGGGAUGGGGAAAAAAAGCAUACUAACAGGACUAGAACAAUAGGUUUCAGUCAAAUUUUGUGAUUGGUCAAUAGUUCACAUAUUAUAAACGUGUAUAUAUAUAAAUCUAUAUGUAGGGUUUGGUUUUUCUUUUUUUAUCAUUGGCAAAGUGCUUUUCUUACAAUAGCCCUGUGAGGGAAGUAAUGAACAAUUCUUAUCUUAAAGUUGGACCAACUCAUGAGACAAGGGCAGGGAUCUGCCCAGGGGCAUAAAGUGAAUUAGUGCCUAGCCAGAAUUCAUACUCGGGUCUCCAGUAAAUGUGGCUGCCCAUCCAUGCUAUUGAUAACUGUUUUCUUUUUCUUUUAGGCACAGAAAGCUGAAGGUGCUGGAGAUGCCAAGUGAAUUGUGUGAAUUUUUGAUAACUGUGUACUUCUGGUGACUGUACAGUUUGAAAUACUAUUUUUUAUCAAGUUUUAUAAAAAUGCAGAAUUUUGUUUUACUUUUUUUUUAAGCUAUGUUGUUAGAACACAGAACGCUUUGUUGUUGUUUUCGGGGGAUAGGGCAGAUGUUACAGAUAGAAUGUCUCAGAAGCUGGGUUGAAAUAGGUGGGGAAUUCUUCUCCUAGUUUUUGAGAGGACUUCUCUUGAAUACCAGGAGGGGGUUCCCUCACACACACACACACACACACAACACACCAAAUAUAUAGGUAUGAACACUGAUAUCCUCAGCCUGUCUAGUGGGGGUAGGAGUGGAUAUCUUCAAAAAUUUGUACUUCUUCCCUGUCUGCCAUAAGCAUCAACUUGACUUCUCCAAAACCAGGGGCCUAUCAGGACCUGCCCCUAUUUCCCUCCUUCCCCCCACUCUCAAAUCAAUUGUGUUGGAUACCAGUCUUUCAGGCAAUCUGGACUUGAAUUAUGGCCCUCUGGUAGCCUCCCCAAAAGAGCUGAAUUUCCUUUCAUAUUGGGGAUAUUUUCCAAUUAAGAAUUCUGCAGUUUUCAUUUCAUUUCCUCAAAGUCAGGGUAGGCUCGUGAAAAGUUGUUAAACAACAUAUGCUCAAUGUGAAAGUGUCCACCCUCACUCUAAAACUUUCCCUGUUUAUAAAAUAAAGACUCUUCAUUGGGUUUUAUAGUGACUUUAUGUUUUUUGGUAGUCCAUGGAGGAGGGGAGUUUGAAAGUUGUUGUAUACUGUUGCCGAUCGUAGCCCAUGUCCUGCCUGAAUUACCAUGAUUGUUUAUGAAAAGUAUCUUUAAUAAAGCUGGAUACAGUUUG